AUGAGCCAAGACAAGGGAAAAAUAUGACUUUUAUAUUGGGCUCAUAUUGGCGAUCAGCUCCAGUUUUUUCAUUGGAGGAAGCUUCAUCUUAAAAAAGAAAGGACUUCUCCGGCUGGCCAGGAAGGGCUCUAUGAGAGCAGGUCAAGGAGGUCAUGCAUACCUUAAAGAAUGGCUGUGGUGGGCUGGACUUCUCUCUAUGGGAGCUGGAGAAGUUGCCAACUUUGCCGCAUAUGCUUUUGCACCAGCUACUCUUGUGACACCCUUAGGAGCUUUGAGCGUACUGGUCAGUGCCAUCCUGUCAUCAUACUUCCUUAAUGAGAAAUUAAAUCUGCAUGGAAAGAUGGAUGUUUACUGGAUGGGAUCAACUGUGAUGGUUAUCCAUGCCCCCCAAGAAGAGGAGAUUCAGACUUUAAGUGAAAUGUCUGUUAAAUUAGCGGACCCAGGUUUUGUGCUCUUUGCAACAGCAGUUAUCAUUGUUUCACUGAUUCUGAUUUUUGUGGUGGGACCAAGUCAUGGGCAAUCCAAUCUUUUGGUGUAUAUUUCCAUCUGCUCUGUCAUUGGAGCCCUUUCUGUUUCCUGUGUCAAAGGAUUAGGAAUUGCUAUUAAAGGAAUCUUUGCUGGAGAGCCUGUCCUGAGGAAUCCCUUGGCCUGGAUCCUAUUGGUCAGCCUUAUAGUUUGUGUAAGCACUCAGAUAAACUAUUUAAACCGAGCUUUGGAUAUAUUUAACACCUCCCUAGUGACUCCAAUUUACUAUGUGUUCUUUACCACCUCAGUGCUUACAUGCUCUGCCAUUCUGUUCAAAGAAUGGCAACAUAUGUCUGCUAAUGACAUGAUUGGGACCUUCAGUGGCUUCUUAACCAUUAUUGUUGGCAUCUUUUUAUUGCACGCCUUCAAAGAUGUUUCUUUCACCUUGUCCAGCCUUCCUGUUUCCCUGAGAAAAGAUGAACGAAUCAUGAAUGGGAAUCUAUCCAACAACAUCUAUGAACACCUAAAUGGGAAUGAGGAGAGCGCUCUUCUCUGUGAAAAUGAGAUCCAGAUAAAUGAGAACACUGCUUCUCGCCGCAGCGGAAAUCUGGCAUCUUUUUAA